CAACUUCCACCUCAAUCUCGAGUUCAUUUCGCCCAGUCUGCGCAUACGAUACUCCCUUUGACAUAAAACAAAUAUCGUUCUCAUUGCGUCCCACCCCUCCAAUUAUGGCAGACACAGCACCGGCUCCAACACCCGUGUCCGCGACGACCGGAGCUGCGGCGCCCACAGCCGGCGCAACAGCAGGGGCACCGAAUGCGCCUGGGGAUCAGAAUGCCGCGAGUCGCGGGCUACCAUACUAUGAGAAACUGCGCCGAGAGCUGAGGGAUACACUACAGAAAAAGCGAUUAAUGGAUAAGAGCAUGGCUCAACUUGAAGAUCAAAUCUUCCGCUUCGAACAAUCAUACCUGGAAGAAACCACCGCUGGAAACAUCAUCAAGGGCUUCGAUAACUACAUCAAAGGCUCCGCGAAUGGGUCGAGUCUCGGCGCCGCGGGACUGGGUCUAGGCGGCAGUAUGGGCGGGUCGAGGCGAAAGGCGCAGGUCACGGAAUCGGAUCGAGUUUUCUCGCGGAGCUCGGCGAGUUACAUGUUGGACUCCCCAGGCCCCUCCUCUGUACAAACAACGCCUUCCCACGCAGCAACGCCGACAUCUACGACUGGCGGAAACAGCAUGUCUAUGAAGAUUGACCCGCUGUCUGUUUCCGGUAGCGGGAUGAAGAGCUCGAAUGGCUCAUCAAAAAACAAGAAGAAGGCGACUGGCGGGUCGAAGAAUACGAAGGGCAAGAACCAGACCGAGGAUAUUUCUGACGAGGACAAGCCUUCUGUUAAGCGGUUGAAGAUCAGCUAUGGGAGAGACUGAUUCUUUUUUUUUGGAGAUUCAGCCUUCUUUAUGUUCUGCGCCCGUCUUGCAUCUGCUUGGCUUUUUCUCGAAUUCGGAGUUGGUUGGUUUGUCUUUUCACAUGACUCCUGGGAGGAGUCGUGUUGCGGGCGUAGCGGGAAAUGGGAAUGGGAUUUAUCUGUCUUAUUACACCUACGAUGCGAUAUCAUGUACAUCACGAACUUAUACAGACUACAGCGUUGUCGGAUACAUCAUUUGUUUCAUUGCUUCCGAUUGAAUGCGAC